CUGUUGGAAGACAGCAGAGAGUUUCUUCCCUGAAACUACACAGGCAUGUUAAGGCGAAUCCUGAACUUUCUACUUGGGCAUCCAUGAUGGCUAGCAGGGCGUUGAUAGAAGUUUGCCCUCUAGGUCAGUUCCCUUGUGGAAACUUGAGUGUGUGUUUGCCCCAGGUCCUUCAGUGUAAUGGCCACAGGGACUGCAAGAACGGAGCAGAUGAAGAACACUGCGGGGACAACAGCGGAUGGGCGGAUAUCUUUGAUCGAAACUUUAAGAAGGCAGAGCCACAAGAUCUUCCUAAUGACUGCUUUCUGCCACAGUACCCAGAGAGCUGUGAUUGCAUUAAGACGGAGGUGGAAUGUGUGGACGUGAACCUGCAUGUCGUACCUGUCCUCUCUUCCAAUGUGACUUGGUUGUCUCUGAAGAACAAUAGGAUUAGGCAUUUGGAUGAUUACAUCUUCUCCAAGUACACACAACUGCAGAGACUGUUUCUUCAGAGCAACAUAAUUCAGAUGGUCUCAAGCCGUGCCUUCGGCGGACUAUUCAGUCUAGAAAAACUGUUUCUCAGCCAAAACCACAUAACAUAUUUAGGACCUGGUGUAUUCCGAGAUCUACACAAGUUAGACUGGCUAGUGUUAGACCACAACCCACUUAAAACCAUUACCUGCGAUACGUUCAUCGGUCUGAGGUCACUGACAUUUCUAUCCAUGGUUAACACGUCCCUGUUGUGGCUCCCUGACUCGAGUCUCUGUCAGCACAUGCCCUUGCUCAGGUGGUUGGACUUCGCUGAGAACCACGUUGGGUUGCUGAAUUAUUCCACUCUGAAGACAUGCACCGAGCUCACAGUGCUAUCACUGCAUGACAAUAAAAUCAAGAUCCUUCUAGAAAACACGUUUCAUUCUCUUGGAUCUUUGGUUGAACUAGAUUUGUCUUGCAACAGAAUUUCCAAUCUUCCUAAAAACACUUUCAGGAGUUUACAAUAUCUGCAGAAACUGAAUAUAUCCCAUAAUCCUUCACUCCAUAUUCAUGCCAGUCACUUCGAUCACCUGGUCCAACUUGAGUCUCUAAGUCUGGAGGGCAUUGAAAUUCCUGAUAUAACCACCAAGAUGUUUCUUCCGAUGGGAAACCUGUCCCACAUAUAUUUUAAGGAUUUUCAGUACUGUUCCUAUGCCCCACAUGUUCGGAAAUGUAAACCUAAUACGGAUGGCAUUUCAUCAGUGGAAGACCUGCUAGCCAGCCUGGUUCUGCGGGUGUCCGUCUGGGUUAUGGCCUUCAUCACCUGCUUUGGGAAUCUCUUUGUUAUCGGAAUGCGCUCCUUCAUUAGAGCAGAGAACAACCUGCAUGCAGCCUGCAUCAAAGUCUUGUGUUGUGAGUACAGCUGA